AUGGAGCUAGGCGAAUUCAACAUCCGUUAUAAACCCCGAACUGCAAUAAAAGCUCAAGCCUUGGCAGAUUUUUUAAUAGAAUGUACAAAUCCCGAGGAGGAAAUCAUUGACAUCGCAGAACCAGAGGAGAUAACCGAGGAAUGGAUGUUGUAUGUUGAUGGCUCCUCUAGUGCACAAGAAUAUGGGGCAGGAUUGAUAUUAACUAGCCUUGGAGGAUUCAUUGUACAAUAUGCAUUGAGGUUUGAAUUCCAGACCACCAAUAAUGGAGCAGAAUAUGAAGCUCUGAUUGCAGGAUUGACACUGGCAUGGAGUUUGGUGGUAAAAUAUAUCACUGUGUAUAGUGAUUCACAGUUGAUAGUUAAUCAAGUCAAAGGAGAGUAUGAAGCCAAAGAAUCUCGGAUGGCCCGAUACCUGUGCAAAGUACAGACCUUAAUCAUAAGUUUCAAUCGCUUCAAGAUAAUUCAGGUACCUCGGGCACAGAAUGCUUCUGCAGACGCCUUAUCCAGAUUAGCCACCUCGAAUUUUCAAGAUCUGAGUAGGAUGGUAUAUCUGGAUGUACUCACUUCCCCAAGCAUAGCACAAUCCGAGGAAGUAUUAUUGGUGGAAAUAGAACCUUGCUGGAUGGACCCGUUAAUUAAUUACUUGCAAGAAGGCGCGUUGCCUACCGACAAGGAUGAGGCAAAGAGAAUCAGGAUGAGAGCAGUUCGGUACAUAAUGAUAGAGGGAACACUUUGUAAAAAGGCGUUUACGAUGCCUUAUUUAAAAUGCCUCCGACCAUCGGAAGCAAAUUAUGUACUUCGGGAGAUACAUGAAGGCAUUUGUGGACAACACCUGGGGGGCAGAGCACUAGCCCACAAAGUCAUCCGACAAGGAUAUUUUUGGCCAUAUCUCCGCAAGGAAGCAUUAGAUCUUGUUCGCAAAUGCCAGAAAUGUCAAAAGUUUGCACCUGUCACACGUCAACCAGCGAUCAAACUCACUUCCAUUGCAAGUCCCUUACCUUUCGGCCAGUGGAGAAUGGAUAUAUUGGGACCCUUUCCCAAAGCAUCUGGAGGCAAACAAUUUGCAGUAGUGGCUGUUGAUUAUUUUACCAAAUGGGUAGAAGCAGAAGCAUUAGCAACCAUCACUGUGGCAAAGGUUUGGAAAUUCUUUUUACAUUCGGUUAUAUACAGGUAUGGAAUCCCGAGGACCCUCAUCUCCGACAAUGGAAAGCAGUUUGAACAGAAAUUCAAGGAGUACAGUGACCAAUAUGAGAUUCAAUUGAGGAAAACCUCGGUAGCACAUCCUCAAUCCAAUGGGCUAGCAGAAGCAACGAAUAAAAUUCUAUUAGAUGGAAUUAAGAAGAAACUCGAAACGGCUAAAGGAUUGUGGGCGGAAGAAUUACCUAAAAUUUUUUAG